AUGAACGACAGUGUUUAAGCAAUUCAAGAAAGUUAUACUAGAAUUAAGUUAUUGAGUAAUGAUGUCUAGAUUAAGGACUAAACAAUCAAUAUACUUUAAGAAAGAUUAUAAGAAUUAGAGGAAUAGUUGAGUUAAGCAAUUAAACAAAAAGAAUAUGGUGAUAAAUAAUUUGGAAUUCUUUAGGAAGAACAUGAUUAGAUGUUUGAUAAUUAAUAGAAAAAAACAAAGUAACUGCAAUAAUUUAACUAAUAAUUAUUGGUUGCAUUGAAGGAAGUGUAAGAUAAGAAUUAAGAGCUUUUGGAAAAAGUAAAAUUUCAAAGUUAAGAAAUAUAAUAAAAAUAAAUGGCUUAAUAAGAAGUAACUGAGCAGAUUUCAUUAAUAAAGGAUGCAGUAAAAGGAUUGGAAGAAGAAUUAUAAUAAUUAACUAAGAAAAAUUCAAUUUUAAAAAAAGAAAAACAAGAAGCAGAAUAAUAAUUGAAAUAGGUUUCGAAUGAAAAAAAUAAAUUUGAAAAUAGUAUAAUGAAUAUGCUAAAAUAAUUAGAAACAGAAAAUGAUUUAUUAAAAUAAGAAUUAGAAGAUUAUAGAUAAAGAUUGGAAUAACAACAUCAAGAAUUAGUUGAACUAAAAUAUAUGAAGAUUUAAUUUGAAGAUUUGGAAAAGAAAAAUUAAUAAUUAAAUGAGUAAUUUAAUAUCUAGGUUCAGACUGCAAUGGAGUGUGAGAAGAAUUAUGCUUUAUAAUUUGAUGAAAUGAAUAGAGCAAAUGAAAAAUUUAGGAAAGAACUUGAAAGUUUAAAUGACCAGUAUAAACAACAAAAAGAAUAAUGCAAUCAAUUAGAUUAGUAAAAUAAAGAAUUCUCUAAAUUAUUUAACUAUAUUUAAUAAUAAAUUGAGGAAAUUAUUGCAGAAUGUUUAGUUGCUAAGAAAAAAUCAAAUGUAUAUGAUAGGCUAUAUGAAGGAAGAAAGUCAUCAUCUGCUUCUAGUCGUAGAUCAAUUCCUAAAAAGAAAAAAAAGUAUAGUUAUAAUUAAAUACAAAUUGAAGAAUUCUUUAUUGAUAUCAAAGAAAUUAUUUAAAGUUUAAUAUCCACCAAUACUUAAUUAAAAGAUGAAAAUGAUUAAGUUUGCAAGAACAUUUAGGAUAUGCACAAAGUUGGUGAAUAGCUAAGAUAUAAAAUAGAAUAAUUGAAUUCAGAACACAUCAAAACAAAAGAUUAAUUAUAAUUAGAACAUUAAAUAAUAAUAGAGUAAUAAGAAGAUAAAAUUAAUUAGUUACAGGAUGCUCUUUAACAAUAAAAUUUAUAGGCUUAAAAAGAUAAUUAAUAUAUUAAUUAACUUAUUUAAUCAUGUCAUCAAUAUGAUCAAUAGAUUUUAGAAAAAGAAAAAUUAAGUUAGUAGUUCCUAUCGUAAAAGUAAGACUUGGCAUAAGAAUUUGAAGAACUCAAUAAUUAAUAUCUACAACUUCAAGCAGAAUUUGAAGAAUUACUUAUGAGAAAGGCUAUUUCUUAAAACAAAGUUGCUCUAAGCUAUAGUCUCUUAUCUCAUUUAUUAAAAGAUAAGAAAAGUCAAUAUUUAUUCUAGCAAUUCAAUUCAUUUUCUAAUUAUAUUCAUUAUUUUGUAUUGCUUAGAAAUGUAUUUAAAGAAAGAAUUCACAAUGUUUAUCUAAGAUUUAGAAAAGUAGCUUAUGCAAUUAUUUUUGUCAAAAAACUUAAAAAAACUGUGUACAUUAAAGAUGAAGUAAUCAAUCUUCAAUUCGAAGACAAUGAAGUUAUUGAUUAAACCUUUGAAAAGUUUAUACCAAUAUUUCAUGAAAUAGAAGAGGGAAAGCAAACAGAUUUUAAUAUAGUUAAUAAAAUGAUAAAAGAAUUGAAAUUCUAGAUAAAUAAAUACGAUAUGAGAUAUCAUGGAAGAUCUAUUAAUUCAUAAAAUUACUAUCAAAUUUUAAAUUUUGCUAAAGAAGAUAUUUUAAGAAAUAAUUCUAUUGGAAGUUAAAUUGAUUAUUAUAAAUAAUAAUUAAGUUCCUUAUAAACUAGAGUUUAUUAGUUGGAUGAAUAUGUACAGUAAUUAGAGUAAGAAUUAUCAGAAAAAGUUAAUUUUUCAACAACUCAAUAACCAUAAGUUUAUUUACAAUAAUCUGAAGAAUAAUCAAUAAAUAAAUUUAGAACAGAUUCAUCUCCUCCUUAAAAAAAUAAUCUAUCAGUAUCCCUUCAAAAUGAACUGAUGUCAAUUUUGAGUAAGAAGUCAUCAGCAAAUUUAUCGAAAGCUGGUUAGAUAGUUAAAUAAGGAUUUUGA